CGCCGCUCUGCCUAUCCGGACACUGCAGUGGAGGUUACCGUGCCAUCUCUGCGGCUGCUCGUCCCCGACACCACGUCCCGCUGCGGACUUUCCGGGUACCAGUGAGGACAGGGCAGAACAAGGAAGCGCUAAAAAGCCAUGGCCGAGUCCAACCCGCUACGGGGGUUCCCCCGUCUGCGCCGGGCCGCGACCUCAUUUCCAGGCAAUCUACAUUUGAUCCUGGUGCUCAACCCCAGCAGUUUGUUAAGCUCUGCGCCGAGUCCAUCAUCGAGCACCGACCUGGGCUUUCGCUUCAGUCAGGAUGACUUUCUGUUAAAGAUGCCGGUGGUGAUGCUGCGUUCUGUUGGCGACCUGCUGCGCUACAUUGAUGAAAAUCACUUGACAACAGACUUCACUGCAAAAGUGCAGUUCUGCCAAAGCGACUGGGUCGUCCUCCGAACAUCCAUCGAGACGUUUGCAGUGACAGUUAAAGAGAUUGCCCAGCUGCUCCAGAGCUUCGGAUCAGAGCUGUCAGACACCGAACUUCCUGAUGAGGCUAACGCCAUCGAAUUCUUGCUGCACUCCCACACACACCGAUACCGACAGAUGAAGGAUGAUAUCAGGAAUGUGCUGAAAGAAGGACGCCUCCUGCUGUCAAACCUGGAAACUGUCAAAGCUUCUAAAAGAGAUGCAGAGGAGGAGAGGGAAAUACAAGCAGACAUGGACACUGUUAAGAGGCUCCUGGCACAGCUCGGAGACAUGGAGGAGGCAUUCGAUGGCUUCUUUGAGAAACACCACCUGAAGCUGCAGCAGUACCUCCAGCUGCUACACUAUGAAAGUAGUUUCCAGCAGAUGGAGGAGGUCCUGGAGCGGCUCUCUGCCCAGGAGAAGGAGAUUGCCUCUUUGGGGAACACAGUGGUUCAGACAGAACAGUUACUUAAAGACCUGGAUACACUGGACAAACGUGCUCAGGAGGAGAUGGCUCGUGCCCAGGUGUUGAUUCUACACGGUCACCAGUUGGCUGCAAACCACCACUACGCCCUGGCGCUCAUCAUCCAGCGCUGCAAUGAGCUGCGACAUUACUGUGAUGUCAUCACCAUCGCCAUACGCACCAAGAGGGCCUCGCUCACUCGAACACGAGACCUGCUGGGCUGCCUUGAGGAGGCCCUUCGCUGGUGCGACGAGGGCGCCUAUCUACUGGCCAGCCAGAUGGUGGACAAGUUCCAAACCAGAGAAGGAGCUCAGGAAGCAUUGCAGUACCUCAGCUGCCACCAGGAGAGGGCGCCAUCAGCCAUGAAAAACAGCCAGGAUACUCUCAGCUUUGAAUUUCAAGCCAUACUCACCCCGCAGCUACAGUCCCAGAUUUCCAUGGUGACAGAGAAGCUGAACUCAAUGCAGUGCAUGAUCAGAAACAGGGAGCAGUGUCUGAGGAAGCUGGCGGACGUGCAGGUCCGACCCAUACAGCUGGUGGCCCCUCGGCCAGAACCGGACCAGACUUUCCAGCGUUGCAAGUCACCCCUUUUCUCCCCCAAACAUGGUGUAGACUUUAAUGUUUUGAACUCCAAGUUCUCCUUUGAUCUGCUUCCCGGCAAGAGGGCUGCAAGAAGGAACAACAGCCAACCCAAGAUCGAGGUGAUGCAUGAUUACCAAGGCAACCGCAGCUGUCUAUAUGGACCCAACCCUGAAACUGAUUCAGAGGCAGAGGACAACCCAGAGCAGGUCACACGCCAUAUUAUGAAGGAACUGAUAGCUACAGAGAGGAUCUAUGUGGAUGAACUGCUCUCCGUCCUUCUGGGUUACAGGGCAGAAAUGGAGGACCCCUCUGUGGCUAAUCUUCUUCCUGUAGCUUUGCGCAGCCAGAAGGACGUUCUGUUCGGCAACAUGCCAGAGAUUUACCAGUUCCACAGCAGGAUCUUCCUCCAAGAUUUGCAGAGUUGCCUGGAGACACCAGAGAGCGUGGGGGCUUGCUUUCUGAAAAGGAAGGAAAAGUUCCAGGUGUACGAGCGUUACUGCCAAAACAAGCCUCGCUCCGAGUUGCUCUGGAGACAGUGUGCUGAUUCGCUGUUCUUUCAGGAGUGCCAGAAGAAGCUUGAUCACAAGUUAGGUCUGGACUCUUACCUCUUGAAACCAGUCCAACGCCUCACCAAGUACCAGCUGCUGCUCAAGGAGCUUUUAAAGCACUGCACAGAGGAGCGAUACCGCUGUGAACUCCAGGAGGCUCUGGACUCCAUGCUGGAGCUGUUGAAGUCUGUCAAUGACUCCAUGCAUCAAAUAGCCAUCACUGGAUAUCAGGGUGAUCUCAGCCAUCUGGGUCGUGUCGUGAUGCAAGGCAGCUUUAGCGUGUGGAUCAGCCAUAAAAGGGCAGCGGUGCGAAUGAAAGAGCUGGCCAGAUUCAAACCCAUGCAGAGGCACCUCUUCCUCUAUGAGCACGCCCUGCUCUUCUGCAAGCGCAGAGACGAGGACAACCACGACAGGGCGCCCUUCUACAGCUUCAAAUCGUGCCUCAGAAUGAGUGCAGUGGGAAUCACGGAAAAUGUGAAAGGAGAUGUGAAAAAAUUUGAAAUCUGGUAUAGCAGCAGAGAAGUGGUGUACAUAGUUCAGGCUCCCACGGUGGAGGUCAAAGUUGCCUGGCUGAUGGAGAUUCGAAAAAUUCUCAACAACCAGCAAAAACUACAAGAUGAAGCUUCUCUUCUGCUUUCAGACAACCCUCUCUCUGACAGUGCAUCAGAGAUGUGUGUGUCGUGGGGCAGCGUGCCGGUGGGAGGCUGCUCAGCGUGUCUCCCUGUUCCUCACAGCUCCUCUACAACAAGCCACUCCCACAUUCCCAGAGGGGAGGAGUCGCUACACACUAGCCCCGCCCAUUCUGAUCCUGUGGUUCAUUCACCUCGACGCAGUUGGCCUGUGAAUGCUCACUCAGUGGCAAUCUGUGAGGGCCUGGAGGACUGGGGUGCUACAGACCUCUCCACUUUAUCAGACUCAGAGGAGGAGGAUGAGGAUCAGCCUGCCCCACUGGUGGCGGGCAGGUACAGAGUGAUGGUAGAGAGCACCAUGGCCAGCUCUGAUGACAUCAUCUUUAACUGUGGUGAUGUCAUCCAGCUGCUGCAUGAGGAUUCAUCAGGAAUGUGGAUAGUGAAGAAUAUAAGUCGUGGCGAAGAAGGCCGCGUCCUACCCGAGGACUUGCAUAGGAUUCUGGGAGAGACGUGCUGAGAGCCAAUCAGGACAGAGGAUGAAUGAAGAAGUGUGCCUGUUUGUUCCUCAUACUUUGCCUGAAUAUCCUUCCAUGUGUACAGACACACACAGACUUAUAUAUUCCAUCAACUUCCUGAAAAAAUGGGCAUCUGAAUCUGCUUGUCAAUCAGAAUGAAGCACAACAUCAGCCACAGACUUUACUCCUCAAACUGCUGUGAGAGUUUCACCUCUGAAGACUGUGACCUCCAGAAAGAACCUCAGAAGACUUUAACAGUGGAAAGCACAUACAAGCCAUCCUUUGCUCUGCCUUCUCCGGCAGCAGUACAUCAGAUUAUUUUGGACUGAAGACUUUAAACAGGGGCUUUUAUUUAUAUGUUCAGAGUGGACUUUUGUUCUAGACGUCAAGCUGUAUAAUUUCUAUUUUCUUAUGAAACAUCAUGUCUACCAACAUAUCAUUACUGUUCUUGUGCCAAACAGCUAAGCUAACUGUCAUGCAGAAAUGCCCUGGUUACGUCGUCGCCGCCUCUUAGCAGCCAAAGUGAACACUGAAUGUCUGUCAGUUUUGUUUAUGUGAUAAAAAAAAGAAAACAAAAUAAGAAAAAAAAUGAAAAUAUGGCAUUUUAGUUUUCCAGGUUUCAGCUUUCAUACUAGCUCUAGACAAUUUGACACUCAGUGCUCAUAGUGUGGGAAAAAAUUACUGCAUACCCUUGUUUACACUUAGCUUAAUUAAAAGGGACCGAUUAUGCUUUACUUUUCUCUCUCCUUAAAUAAUUACCUGUUACAGCAGUGCUACUCAUAUUAAGCAUGGCCAGAGUAAUCCCUGUAAGCUAAAAGAUAAGGCUUCAAAUAGCUCCAAAUGCUUGGUUUCAUACAGCUCCUUUUACUCUCAGCUCUUAAUGACAUCAGUGAGAAUGGGUAUGAUGUUUAUGAUGUGCAAAUGAGAAACGAGCUAGCUUAAAGGGAUGGGACAGGAAACUGCACUAUUAGUGUAAUUAGUAUGAGAUAAAUGAUUAUUCUGAACUUUGAAUCAUACCAAGCUGCUUAAGUAGAUUCCAAGAAUAAAACAUAUGGAGCUGGAAAUGAGAAUAAUCGGUCCCUUUAGUGACGUGUCAUAGCAGGAAAGGCAGAGGCAUAAAAACAUUGUUGAAAGUUAGUUUGGGAGUUUGAAGUUUUUAUAAACAAUCUGCCAAAAAUUUAGAAAACUAGAACAUCUGUAGUCGUUAUUAUUGACACAGUAUAUGACAAAGUGAAUCAAUUCAUCAUCUUGUGGUGACACCCCAAACUGUGGAAGACCAAAUGCAAUACACAAAAUGUUGCCCCGGGUCAUAACAGGACACCAAAGGCCUCGACCUCAAAGUCCUUCUCCUGUAAUCUCUGAUCACAAUUAAAAGAACAAGAAACCUCUGUCAGUGCACUUUGAACAACCAGAUUAAAUUAGGUCUAAAUCCUACAUCCUUGCUACUGUGUGCUUUGGAGUCCAGGAACACUGAUACGAACAGAUCCUCUCCUGGUAUGACAAGUUUAAAUAUUUCCUGUAUUUUAUUGAAAAAAAGCAUUGGUGAAAGUUUCAGUUGCAGUGUGAUUCACUCUUUUAUGAAGAGUCUAUACACUAGGACUAGGUUGCUGUUAUUUAUGGUAAUAAUAUAGUUUUUAAUGAAAGUUAUAUUCUCUGCUAUGCUUUUUUUAUUCAUUUGAUUCAGUAGCUUUUCCAUCAUCUAGUCUUUUAGAGCUAAAACCCUUAUCACUGUCAAGCUUUACCAUAUUGAUUGAUUGCUUGCUGCUGUGCACGGGUAUCUUACACCCUACAUAUGACUGCAGCUUUAUUUCCACCUGCAAUGAGAAACGAUGCUCAGUGGUACUGCCUUUAAAAAGAAUAAUGUGGAGUUGUCACCUGAGCAUAUUUGUGAAUAUGAAAUUUGAGGGGGUUCAUUGAGAAUAUGGAAAUGCAUUUUGAACUGCCUUGUUUUACAGCUGCCCAGAAAAGUGUGUGAAGUGUGCAGAGUGCUCACAAAAACACUGCCACUCAACUGGAAAUGAGCUGAGAGCUCAUCUCUGACUGAUGUAGUGUAAUUAUCUGAGUUGCUGGCAGCUUAUUUAGACAUCUGCAGCAGACUGUGACCAUAUAAACAUUAAAAAUAGAAACUGUAGACGUUAAACACCAUUUUAGUCAGUGUUUUAGUCUGAAUGGUGGUACUGCUUUGGACAGAUAGACGCUCAUACUCUGCUAUCAAGUGAAGAAAUGAAUUUAUUGCAAGAAUAUUUGAAUCAAAUCCUUGUAGUAGCAGUAAAUCCAACAUUAGCUUGUACACUAAGUAAAGAUUAAUUUUCACGGUAUUCAGCACCCACAGUGGGAGCAUUGAAUCGUUUGACAGUGAGCGCUCGACCAUCCAAAUGAAGCAUGUUCACUGAUACGCAAUACUAAAUAACAUUUCAUCACUUUAAAUUGAUUUGAAAUCCACCCAGCGCUGGCUGCACUGUAACAUCAGAAGUUAUUAAUGGAUUAGUUCAGUUAGGCUUUAGCGUUUUUCGUGGCAGUGCUUUAACUUGGUGUUUGCUGCUUUUGCUUAUUUGCACUGUAUUUUUUUAAAUAAUACUAAUUAUGUAUAGAAUUAUUUUCUGAAAAUAUAAACACUGGACUUGUUUCAGCUUGA